AUGUGGUCAGUAUAGUAGAUACCGCAUAUGUUUAUAUAAGGUAGAAAACCUGUUCCUCAUUUCGCUUUAUGAGACUGUGUCUCCUAGAAGUGUUUGAAAAAACUCAGUAGUUUGUAGAUAAGUUUCUUAAGUCAAACCUGUACGGAACCACCCAAAUUUGAUCUCGGACUUCUGGGUUGUUUAAGAUAUUGGAAUCGGAGUUGGUGAGGUGUUUUAGGCCGAAUUUUUUCUUAAGCCUUGUCUUUUCGAGUUCUUGUCAAUAUUUCCAAGUGCAAAUCUUGAGAACCGUAAAAUUUGUAUGUUAUUUCGCGACUUUAUUUGUAAUUUUCAAGAGAAUUUGCUUAUUUAAAUAACAUUCUAUAUUUUUGUAAUUACACUUGAACAAAUUUCAUGGGUACACUUCAAUUGGUCUUCAUACAUAUUUAAACCGAUCUCUAAUAAAUAUUUAUACAGUUGGUUUGGAAUUGGAAGAUAACUUCUUGGUGUUAACUUCUUAUUACGAAAAUAUGUUCAACGCGUAAGCUGAACUAUUAUUUUUUCUAAUAUUAAUUUGACUGUUCAAGUAUACAGACGGUGGUAGAUGGUCGGUCAUAGCAAAGUACUUGCUUUGAAGUCCUUGAGAUUCUUUCGGUACAAGUAACUUGACUUUGUUAGAAAAGUCAAGAGAUCAUAACGGUCGUGUUUAUUUUUUUAUAAUUGGUUUUUGUGAUCUUUUAUACGGCACAGAGUACGCAAGAAGUAGCAUACAUGUCGGCAAACAAAAAUAAUUUACUACGCAUCUUCGCGUUCACAUUUUGGAUACUCAUAACAGUGGUGAUAUUUAUGACUUAUCAACUGUCAUUGCAAAACACUAAGCAGUCGGGCGCCUGGUAUAAUGUCACAGCGGCGAUGAUGCGCACCAAUUUGCUAACGACUGGCAUACCAUUUCAAGCGGACGCCAUUAUAAAGCUACAUGAAGCCGAGUUGCCAAAUGUGCCCUUCGAUUUGUGGUAUCGCCUGAACGCGAUGCGUCUAAAUGCGACUUGCGCCCGAGCGCCUUCGCUGUCACAGCUGCGCUUUCACAACGACUACUGGCAGGUGUUUCACAAUAGCAACGCCACCUACCACCUCUUCAAUGCAUACUUUGAUGCGCGCGCGCAUGUCACACAAACCAGCGCAGUGGUGCGCGUACUGAGCAUGAUCAAUAACAAGGCGGCGCCGAAUAAUACCAUCUUCUGUCAGCUGUGGUAUGACAGCAGCGAUAAGCCGGCGAUUGUGCCCGUGGUAGAACAGCGACUGGUGUGGCACAUUAAGUGGGGUACGCGUGCUGAUUACUUGCCACAUUUAAUCACAUGUGCAGUGCCGUUAGCCGGUGCCAAAGGCGAGCCGGUCGCACCGCGUGCCGUCUCUUUGGUGGUGAAUAUGUGCGAAACCGCAACGAAUAUACUGCGCGUACGCUACGAACGGCCGACGGGUAAUGAGACACAACUCGGUUUUGCGGUGUGCGUGAAAGGUUUGGACUAUCCGUAUGCGGAUAUGGGUCCGCGUUUGGUCGAGUGGUUGGAGAUGCAGCGGCUGUUGGGCGCACGCAAAGUCAUCACCUACAAGUUGGCGUUGCAUCCGAAUUUGGAGCGUGUUUUAGAGCAUUAUGUGGCGGAGGGUUUUGUCGAAGUGCAUCCGCUCAGUAUGGGUUCGGAGAUGGUGAACAAACCGUUGUAUCUGCAUGAUUAUCUGCGCGCGAGCAUUCAGAACAAGCGCAUGAACGAGCUGGUUCCCUACAAUGAUUGUUUUUAUCGUAAUAUGUACAAGUAUUCGUACAUCGUGACUGUCGAUAUCGAUGAGGUGAUUAUGCCGCUCGGCAAUCUCACCACUUGGCAGCAGUUGGUCGACGAAGCGCAGCAUUUGCGUUCAUCUGGCUGUCCGCAGGGCUACGGUAGUGUUUGUGCGCGCAACGUACAUUUCCCCAUUAAUGGUCUCAACUAUACUGAGACGUCGGCGGCGCCGCGACAUAUGUUCAUGUUGCAGCACAUACAUCGGAAUAAACAUGAGGGCGCCGGUCAAGGCACGAAAUGCAUACAGAAUAGCAGCGAAGUGCUGACUUUGCACAAUCACUACAAUUUCGCGACGCUGAAGAGUUGUCGCUGGUUGAACUUGGAUCCGAAAGUGGCACAACUGCAGCACUAUCGGCAGUUGGCGAAACCGGAGGAAUGGGUUACGAAGAUACGCGAUGAGAGCAUCUACCGUUACAAGGACGCUUUGGUGAGCAGUGUGGAGCCAGUGCUGAGAAAGCUGUCCUAUUUGCGGCGAUAAUACGGUCAGCUAUUGGCUGUUGGUGUCCGCUUUUAGUGUUUAGUGUUUAGGUUUGAAGUUAGGAGUUAACCAAAUUUAGCAAAGUAUUAAGUAAGUUAAUUAGUAUUUAGAUAGCUUUGUAAGUACAUCAAAUGCCAUUGCAAUAAGAAAUAAAAGGGAGCUCAUAACGGUCCCAAAUUUUGAUUGAAAUUUGUUCGAAUUGAAUUCGCGAGUUCUUUUAGUAGAAGAACCAUAAUUUUGUCUCGCUGAUAGAGGUCUAUGGAAGAAGGAGAAGAGGCCUUUGCUGUUCUAAAACCUAAGGGACUUCUGGUCUCCACUUUCCGACUACUAAAUAAUAUAUAAAUCAUAAUUAAGGCAUAAAUGAUAUAAAAAAGUAUGAAUAAAUAAAAAACAGUUAAAUUUCAAUAAAAAAUAUAUCGAUAUAUUAUCAAAAGUCUUAUUACACAAUUAUCGACUCUAAAGUUUUGAUAUAACGUGCAACUGAGUAGUGAGCAUAACGAUUUCUCAGUUUUAUAAUUAACUGUAAUGCAACAUUUAUCGGUAAUAAUCGAUUUUAUUGUAAAUUUUAAUUAUUUUGAAAAAUAUUUGAUCGUACCACUUAUUAAAUAAUAAUCAAUAUGUAUACAAUAUUAAUUGCUAUCGAUACUUGUGCUUAUCGAUAAGUCCAUACGAACGCUUCACAGUUUAAGUAUAUGACUCACAAACAA